GUAUAAGUGAAGUCUCUAGUUUCCCUAACGUCAUUCUCAACAUCAACCCAUUACUCGUAUCUUCGUGGAACGAUCUUUGAUCAUAACACUUUCUGUCUGAGCAUGCUCAGAUUUAGCACUGGGCCGACUCUUUGUAUGUUCUCUGCGGGCACGCAAACCCGCACGACCAUGCCAUUCAAGCAAUGUUUGUGUGUGUGAAUACUGCUGCUUUGUUCGCACAGAGCUGCUCGGCAGUGCUCGGCUGGGCUCGGCUGGGCUCGGAGAACGGCAGCCUUGGCGUUUUCCCCUGCUUUUGCCCUUGUUUUUUUGGUUGUUUUUUUGGCUCGUAACCGCGUCGCUCGGUCGCUCGCAGAAUGUCAUUUCCGUACCAUUGCACAAGCAGAGCGUGAAAGCAUUGCGUUGCGUUCAUUCAACGGAACCCGAGUUUGAGAGGCAGAAAAAAAAAAAAAAAAAAAAAAGAACAAAAAAAAAAAAAAUAGGAAACCACGACACAAAAAACCAAUGAAAAGCCAUCAGCCACAAGUCCAGUCCGACCUUGGAAACCUUGUUUGUUUGUUUGUUUGUUUGUUUUGCAUUAGAAUUACGAGAAGCGAGUGGGAGAAUGUGGCAAAAGACUACGUUGGAGUAGAGAGAGAGAGAGAGAGAGAGAGAGAGAGGUGGGAGGGUAGUGGACGAGAGCGAGCGAAGGCGGUGUUGCGGUGAAACCGAAACCCCCGACAGAAGCCCCCCUCACUCACUUGGGCCCUCUCACCUCCCAACUCGCUUCACUCGAGACAAGCGUGCACGAGAGAGAGUGCGAAUUGAAUGGGAACAGACCUUGCGGCGGAGGAACGGGCGGACGAGCUUCAGGCGGUGCGCGGCCGGGUCUUGACUGUCAGCACUGCUCCCCUUUCCACCAUUGCCCUUCUGCUUGCUACCGGUGUGGCUGCUACCGCUGCUGCUGCUGCUGCUGAGGUCACCGUCGGUCUUUUUGAGCAGUCCAACAGCGUCUGACAUUUGUGUUUUGUGCUUGGUUGCUUCGUGGGCACAAAGUUAAAAGAAUCAGAAAAAGACUGAGAAAGAGAACAAACCAAAAAAAAGUAGAGUCGUUUAGUGAAUACGGUCGUAAGAGACUGAAAACGCGGCAACCAGAAACAAAAACGUCUACGAAAGAGUGAACUUCAGUCCUUCUUUUUUUUUUUUCAUUUUUACACAUGUCGAAAGUCCUCGCAGCGCUCAAGCGCAUCGUCACUGUCUACCCAAUCCUACCGCACUCGUUCCGCUACCAAGGCGUGAACAUUGUCUCGCGGUCCCAGCCGCUGCCCAACUUGCCCCCAGGCGUCGCGCAUAAGCUCAGCAAGAAUUACUACUGGAACCGCGACGAUCGACGCGCAUUCACUCCCAGCAAGGUCAUUGGAAACGCAACCAGCCAGCCCUUGCUCACCAGCGAGACUGCUGCCGCUGCCCCUGCUGCCGUCGCUGCCAGCAGCGAUGCUCUUCCUCCAGUGAUCAACAGCCAACGUCCUUUUGCCAUCGCGUCCUUCAACUAGCGUCAUGGAUUGUCAACACACAAAUGCAUAUAUUCUUUCCUUUGACACGAAGAUUUCGACAUUUCGUUCUGUCCAGCUUUUACCAACAUUUUGAAUCGCAG